UUAGGAAAGAUCUAUAAAAUUCGAAUAACAAGAAGUUCUAAGUCCAUGUCUUUCCCUAACUCGUGCCUUCGUCCGCAGCAACAUGAAGGUCGUCGCAGCUCUCCUGGCUCUGGUCGCCGUGGCCGCCGCCCGCUCCCCCUACGUCUUCUCCGACGGCUACCUGGAUAUCCUCGGCGGGGAGCCCCAGCAGGCCUUCAGCUGCGCCAACCGCGCCUACGGCUACUACGCCGACGUGGCCAACGCCUGCCGCGUGUUCCACAUCUGCCUGCCCAUCGUCGACGAGUUCGGCGACGUGAGCGAGACCGCCCAGUACUCGUUCUUCUGCGGCAACCAGACCGUGUUCAGCCAGGAGUCCCUCACCUGCGCCCACCCCGAGGACGCCUUCCCCUGCGACCAGGCCGAGACCCUCUUCGACCUCUCCAACGCCGACUUCGGGAAGAUCCCCGAGGAUGUCAAAUAGGAUUCCUUGCAUUAUAGCUUUAUACCAUUCGCGAGUAGAAAGAAACAUUCAUCGAUAUCUGUGAUAUCACCUUGUAAAUGUCAUGUCUAGGCCAUUAGCAAUAAAACAGAUUUCUUA